AUGGCUGCAAAUAUUCCCCACGCGACCUCAUCGCGAGAUGACGUGAAGAAUCUGACUGGAUAUGAGACUGUUGAUGAGAGUAAUAGUCUGAAGCAUGGCGUCUCUGCACCGGGGGUCGUGGAGGAUGUCGUGCAGGUGGUGGACCACAAGGCUGAACGGGCACUCUGCCGUCGCCUGGAUGUGCGAUUGCUCCCCGUUCUUGCCAUCAUGUAUCUCUUCAAUGCCCUCGACAAAGGCAACCUCGGCAAUGCCGAAACGGACGGAAUGAGUAAGGACCUCAAUUUCAAACCCAACGAGUAUAAUAUGCUGCUCUCCAUCUUCUUCAUCCCGUACGUGAUCUUUGCUCCGCCCGGCGCACUGCUCGGCAAACGCUACAGUCCGGCCCGCGUGCUGCCCAUCCUCAUGUUCAGCUUUGGCUCCUUCACCCUGCUGUUGGCCUCGACCACGAACUUCGGCGGUAUUUUCGCGCUGCGCUGGUUCCUGGGCAUGUGCGAGGCGCCGUUCUUCCCCCUGGUCAUCUACUACCUCACCACCUUCUACCGCCGCGGCGAGCUCGCCCGCCGUCUCGCCAUCUUCUACGCCGCCUCCAACAUCGCUAACGCCUUCUCCGGUCUCAUCGCCUUUGGCGUCUUCCAGAUCAAGAACUCGCCGCUCCCCAACUGGCGCUACCUCUUCAUCGUCGAAGGCGGCGUCACCGUCCUCUUCUCCCUCUUCGCGUUCUGGUACCUCCCACGCAGCGUCGCGGAGGCCGAAUUUCUCUCCCCGGAUGAGAAGGCGCUCGCCUUCCACCGGAUCCAAGUCGACUCCAGCGCGAUCGUCAACGAGAAGUUCAACCUCCGCGACGCCCUGCACAUCUUCAAGCACCCGACCACCUACGCCUUUCUCGCGAUCGAGAUCUGCCUCGGCGUCCCCAUCCAGGGCGUCGGGCUGUUCCUCCCCCAGAUCGUCCAGCGGCUCGGCUACCCCACUGUCAAAACGAACCUCUACACCGUGGCGCCCAACAUCACCGGUGCCGUCAUGCUGCUCAUCCUGGCGUUUUCCUCCGACGCCGCCCGCCUGCGGUCCCCCUUCAUCGUGCUGGGUUUCUUGCUGACAUUCAUCGGCUUCAUCAUCUACGCGUCCAUCGAUGACGUCCAGGCCCAGAUCCGAGUCGCGUAUUUUGCGACCUUCAUGAUGACCUGGGGCACUUCGGCGCCUUCCGUGCUGCUGAGUACCUGGUACAACAACAACGUGGCGCACGAGGGACGCCGCGUCCUGCUGACGAGUAUCGGCGUGCCGCUGGCGAAUCUCAUGGGCUUGGUGAGCAGUAAUGUGUUCCGCAGCGAGGACAAGCCCAAGUAUACGCCGGCGCUGAUCACGGUGGCGGUGUUUGGGGCCACGGGGGCGUGUCUGGCCGGGUGUUUGGGGUUGUAUAUGUGGUUAGACAACAAGCGAAGAGACAGGAGGGACGGAAUCAGGAUCAAGGCGCAGGAUGUGCCGACGGAGAGGUUGAGGGAUGGGCCGUCGGCGGCGGAGUUUCGGUGGUUCUUGUGA